AUCUUAAAAAUCGGUAAAGAUGUUACAGUUGUUGGAUAUGGGUCGCAAAUAUAUAUUCUGGAAAAGGCUAUACAAAUAGCCGAGAAAAGUAUACCAGGUUUAUCAUGUGAACUAAUUGAUUUAAGGUCAAUUUUGCCAUGGGAUGUUGCUACAGUCGCAGAGUUUGUGAAUCAAACCG